AUGAAGAAUGACCAAGAGAAUAAGACUACUGUUGCGUCUCUUUCACCCGGUGCCAGCACGAUCUUCGUUGAACCCGAAGUCGAAGAUGUCAUACUGAAACCGGCCGAGGGGGUUCGAGAAUCCAACAUCGAUCCGAUGCUCCUCAGUUCUUCGAAACGGCCGAAUUCGAAAGAGUAUAAUGUGAAAGAAGGUGUAGCUGAGAUUGAAAUCGAGUCCACUGAGCAACAUGACCCUCUGUAUAUCGAAUUUGAACAAGGAGAUCUUCGCAAUCCAAUUAAUUUUUCGCGUUCGAAAAAAUGGGCAAUCACCGCCCUAGCGUGUUUCUCGACUCUCUUGGCUUCCUCGAACGCAAGCACUUACAACCUAGGUUUCGAUUCAAUGAUGGUCGACUUGAACUGUACCGAGUUUCAGGCAACAGUAGGCCUCAGUCUUUACGCGUUAGGAUUUGGUAUAGUUCCUCUUGUGACGGCUUCUUUCAGCGAGGAAGUCGGAAGGCAACCGUUGUAUUAUAUCUCAGCUACUGGGGUUUUGUUAAUGUACAUUGCAAUUGCAUUGGCUCACAACAUUCAAACGGUCCUUAUAGCCAGAUUCAUUCAAGGAGCAUUUGGCUCCACCUGGGCAACUAUGGUUGGUGGCACCAUCGCGGAUAUAUGGCAGUCGUAUGAACGGGGUCUUCCCAUGUCAUUUUUUGCCGUCGCAGCCGUAGGUGGUACUGGCUUUGGACCCAUCUACGCUGGAUGGGUAGAGAUGAAUCCUCGACUACAAUGGCGAUGGAUACAGUGGAUACAGAUGAUCGUAACCGGCUUCUACUUAGUCCUUGUCCCACUCAUUAUGAAAGAGACGCGUUCGUCUAUAAUUCUAAUGCGUAUAGCCAAAAGAAUGAGGAAGGAGACUGGAAACCCAAGAUAUCGUGCUAGAAUCGAGGACGAACGUGUCAAGCUUAGUACACUCAUUUGGGUGUCUUGUACGAGACCAAUACAUCUGCUUACAACAGAGCCAGUUGUUGCGAGCUUCAGUAUCUGGAUAGGUUUUAUAUGGGGUGUUUUUUUUUGUUUGAUCGAGUCGGUCGGCUCAGUUUUCAGGACCGUACACGGGUUUAACACAGGACAAGUGGGAACUAUCUUCGUUACAUUCGUAAUCGGCUCACUUCUCGGAUUUUCGACAAAUUUCUUUCAAGAACAUCUAUAUCGUCAAAAUUACCCAACUCGGGGACCCGAAGCUAGGCUAUAUCUGACUUGUUGUGCUGCGAUACUUGUUCCCUGUGGGAUGUUCAUUUACGCUUGGUCGACGUUCACAUAUGUUCCUUGGAUUGCCUUAACAAUCGGAAUGACCGUCUUCCUCUAUGGCACCUUCAUAAUUUACCUUGCUGUAUUCACGUAUCUGGCCGAUUGCUAUGGCCCAUUCGCCUCUUCCGCUCUCGCGGGACAAAGCCUGUGUCGAAAUUUGGCAGCGACAGUCUUUCCGCUAUUUACACAACAAAUGUACGCGAAAUUGAGCUACAAAUGGGCCAAUACGCUGUUUGGUUGUAUCGCAUGUGUUUUGAUGCCCAUACCUUUCAUCCUCUUCUUCAACGGUCCACGGAUACGAAGUCGGAGCAAGUUUUCUCGGGCAGUGAUGCAAUCCCUUCAGAUCGAUGGAAAAUAG